UCAUCCCUCCCACUUACCGAAUCACCUGUAGGAUCGACAAGACAGUCUGUGAUAUCGUUCAAGAUGGUAGACGAACAUGAGCACAUUACCGCUGAUGAUGAUUCGGCCCUCGGUGUGAACCUUGAAGAAGAGUCGUCAUUGGCGUCUCUGAGGACGAGCAUCCUGGAAAAUAAGGAGGAGAACGGUCGGACCUACCAUUCCAUGAGUGAGGGGAAGUACAAUUUUCCCAACGACGAUCAAGAGAAUGAGCGCCUCGAUCUGCAACAUCACAUCUGGAAAAUCCAGUUCGAUGGAAAGCCAGCCCUCAACCCUGGUGCCGAAAAUGCAAAGAGAGUCCUCGAUAUUGGUACCGGUACGGGGAUGUGGGCACUUGACUUUGCCGACGCCCAUCCCGCUGCCGAGGUAAUUGGCGUUGAUCUCAGCCCUGUUCAGCCUCAUUGGGUUCCUCCAAACUGCCGCUUCGAGAUCGAUGACUUGGAAAAGGACUGGACUUGGUCACAGCCCUUCGACUUUAUUCUGUGCAGAGGCAUGUCGGGUUGUUUUGCCGAUGUUCCAGCUCUUAUCCAGAAGGCUUAUGAUAACUUGACUCCUGGAGGAUACUUCGAAGUUGGCGAUCUGUCCCUCCCAAUGGGCUGUGAUGAUGGCACCGUUACCAAAGAAUCGGCUAUCUGGAAGUGGCACGAUGCGCUCUACGAAGCAUCUAAGAAGAUCGGCCGCACCAUCCAGAGUGUUGCCCACGACACCACGGUCCUGGAGAAGGCCGGCUUUGUCGACAUCGUGCAUCGCGAGUUCAAGUGGCCUUUCAACAGCUGGGCCCUCGACCCUAAGCUCAAGGAGAUUGGCCGUUGGCAAUGUGUCAACCUCGACAUGGGCCUCGAGGCUUUCUCGCUGGCGCUGUUGACGCGCGUUGCGGGCUGGUCCAAGGAGGAGGUUCUGGCGUCCUGCGCCGAGGUUCGCAAGGAUAUCCGUAACCGUAGGAUGCAUGGAUAUUGGACACUCCAUGUCGUCUACGCCAGGAAGCCUGAAUAG